GUAGCAGCGUAGUACGCCGCUGCGCCUGCCCCUGCUCCGGUGCCUGGGAAACCCCUAGCGCGGAGCUGCCAACGCCCGGUGCAGACGCUCGUACAGAACACGGUCUUGAAUGAGUUGUGCAGACUGUAAAACGCAGCUAUGCAGACCAUCAAGUGUGUUGUAGUCGGUGACGGUGCCGUGGGUAAAACCUGCCUGCUCAUCUCUUACACCACAAACAAGUUUCCUUCUGAAUAUGUACCUACGGUGUUUGAUAACUAUGCUGUAACUGUAAUGAUCGGAGGGGAACCCUACACCCUAGGAUUGUUUGAUACAGCAGGUCAGGAAGACUACGACAGAUUACGUCCCUUGAGUUAUCCCCAGACAGACGUCUUCCUCGUCUGUUUCUCAGUCGUGUCCCCAUCCUCCUUUGAAAAUGUCAAAGAAAAGUGGGUUCCAGAGAUCACCCACCACUGUCCAAAGACGCCCUUCCUCCUGGUGGGCACCCAGAUCGACCUGCGGGACGACCCGUCCACCAUAGAGAAACUGGCCAAGAACAAGCAGAAGCCCAUCACUCCAGAAACAGCAGAGAAGCUGGCCAGAGACCUCAAGGCUGUGAAAUACGUGGAGUGCUCAGCCCUCACACAGAAAGGCCUAAAGAACGUGUUUGAUGAGGCGAUACUGGCUGCACUGGAGCCCCCGGAGCCCAAGAAGAAACGCAAAUGUGUGCUGCUAUGAGGGGAGACAAACAUUUACCAACAUACACACAUGUACACACCUGCCCUUAACACACACACACACACACACACACACACACACACACACACACACACACACACACACACACACACCUUUCCCUGGCUCUGCUAAGGCUGAUUGCUGAUAGACAGCGUUGUCCUCCACCAGACAGACGAGACAGAAGACAGAAGUUUGACAUGAUUCUCUGCAAUAACACAAAGCUUCAGUCCUCUGUUUCCUGUCUGGGACAGAAGAACCUGAACCUGUGGACUCCAGGCAGGGCGCCAUCUCAAUAUCCUCACUUUACUUUAGUCAGCGUUGGGAGCUGAUCCAGUUUCCAGUAGAGAUGCACCGAUCAGGAUUCUGAGGACCGAUAUCCAAAACCAGUAUCUGCUGAUCACAGAGUGAAAUCCAUAAAUUCGUCAAUAUUGUUGUCUCAUGUACAUGACACUGACAUUGUAUUAUUAGGUAUAAAAAUGAGGAGAUGAGAAAGUAUCAUGAAUGGUCUGUUUUAUUGCAGGCUGAGGCAAUGAGCAAUAUUUCCCCCUCUACACCAGGGGUGUCCAAAGUCGGCCCUGGAGGGCCCUGGAGGGCCGACUUUGGACACCCCUGGUGUAGACUCUUAGAGACCACUAAAGCCUGAGUUAUGGUUCUGCGUCAAAACGACGCUGUGCCUACGCCGUCACAGCGUGACGCCGUCGCCAUAGAACCAUAACUCAGCCUUAAGGGCAGCUUACCAGCUUCAGCUUUCCUGUGGCGGUUUGUUGUUGUAAACGUCAUCCGAUCGGCCCGCUUUGGAAUGAUUAUUUUCCCAUCUCCGAUCAAAACCGACAGGGGCGUUAUCGGGCCGAUACCGAUGGGUUGCUGAAGGAUCGGUGCAUCUCUAGUUUCUAGAUGUUGGUCCUCCCAGCUUCCCGAGGCCGGUGGGUUUGAGUUUGAUCCCGGUCACUGGUUGGUUCCUGCCUCUGGUGAUGAGCACCCAUCGCCCGGACACUUCUGCUCUUUCUCAACACUACCACUCCAUACGCUGAGAGAGUAGUGUCUGCCAACAUCCCUUCUGCCCUCCGUCACAGACCAGUCUGAGUUCCCCCAGCAGACCAGAUGGCUCUUUUAACCACUAAUGGAUCAGUCCUGCAGGGCUACACGGCUACAGCUCUGCACCGCUGGCUCAUGGACUUGAUUGGAUCGCUCAAUAUAUAUACAGGACUGUCUCAGAAAAUCACAAUAUUCUAAUUUUCUGAGACAGUCCUGUCGUUACGCUUUUAAUUCAAGUUGAUAAUUGUCCUUUUAAUUGUCCUUUCUGCUCCUUUUGGAAGGUGGUAAUCACUUGAAGAGCUGCAGGUCCCGUGACGAUGGGAACGCUAGUUGACCACAGGAAUUGGCCUUUUUAGAUGCAGGGAAGUUAAACAGUGUUAGCAGAUCAGGCGGUGUGUUGUUCACGCAUCGCCAGGGACCAAGGUAGAGUAAUCCGAAUACUGUCCUAACGUUGUCCUCACCUUGGUGUGGGAGCAGGAGCAGCAGAGACCUCAGGGCUCACGGCUGGGGGUCAUAAGGAACAGUUGGAUCAGUGAAUCCACGUCCACCAGAUGACUGUGCAGGUCAGAAUGUGGUGCCUUUUCUUUAAUGUGAUGAUACGAGCUGUAGGUCUGAGGUCUCUGCUGCUGCUGCUGCUGCUGCUGCUGGUGUACGGCUGAGCCCUGCUCUCUGCUCUAAUCAUAGAUUUAACAGAUGUAAUUAUAAUUUAAGAUGGCACACAUUGUUGAUGUAGGCUCAAGGUAUUUUUACCAUGUUUUUCUUCAUAAUUUCAGUUUGUGCAUUUUUUUAUUUUCCAUAUAUAUAUAUAUAUAUAUAUAUAUAUAUAUGUGUAUACAUACAUACACACUGACGGAAGAGUAUUAGGGCCAUGCAGGAGAAAAAAUAUUUGAGAGGGGAAGAUUUUUUUUUAUUGUGCACUUCGAGUCGAAAUGUCGAGAUUAAUGUUGAAAUACAAUUUCAAGAAUAAAGUCAAAGUUUUGUGAAUAAAGUCCAAAUUUCGCCUUUUUCUCUCAAAAUUUAAACUUUAUUCACAAAAUUUCGACUUUUUUCUCGAAAUUCAUAAUGAAAAAAAAAUCUUCCUCUAAAAGAUUAUUUUUAGUUUUCUCCUGCCUGGCCCCAAUACUCUACCGUAGUGUCACACUUUUGACCGACAGUGUUUUUAUAUAUAUAUAUAUGUAUAUGUAUAUAUAUAUAUAUAUAUGUAUACAUAUAUAUAUAUAUAUGUGUAUAUAUAUAUAUAUAUAUAUAUAUAUAUAUAUAUACACAGACACACACACGUAUACAAAUAUAUAUAUGUAUAUAUAUAUAUAUAUAUAUGUGUGUGUGUGUGUGUGUGUGUGUAGUUCACUCCUUUUCCAUUUAGAAGUUGGAAGUCAUCUGAACACUUUCCUAACAGUUUAUCCGCAGAACUGAACCUCGUGGUUGGAUUAGUUGAACAGGAACCUCCUCCGACGGAGACGGUUCUGUUCGGUAAAGAUUAUUGUGUUUUUAUCUACUAGUGGAUUAGAGUUGGUUGAUAUCCAGCCUAAAUCAAUAUGUUCAUUAUAACCUGAUGUUGUUUUGGUGCAAAAACCAAAUGCUUUGUCUAAAGUCUCUUUUCUUUGUAUAUGCAUUCUUUUCAAAAAUAUUAAACUUAUACCUUAAUUGCCUUUA